AUGCAGAUUUUGGUAUCACAUCCAAAUUCCCCGAGGAGCAUUGCACUCGCAUCUAAGUCAUUUUCCCUUGUUUUCAGACCGGUUCGCAAGUCUGAGAUUUCAUGUGCGGUGGAACUGGUCCCGAAUCAUGAGCUUAAGAGAUCAGAUUAUAAACGGCUCACACGGCACGAGGUUCACGGGUUUAUUGGUCUUAUCUCACUGAACGACAGUAUCUUCAUUGGUACCAUUACGGGAAGUGCAAAAGUUGCCUCACCAACACCGCAUGAAACUGUCAAUAAGAUAUAUGCGGUCGAUUUCUACUGUUUAACGGAUCGCAGCUGGGAUUUCGUGGACUUGGAUGUGCAGGGCAGAGCAUUGCCCGAACCGGGUGCCCCCGCGGCAGAUUCUGCUCUUCAACACCCGUGCUUUGAGUUGAAGAAGCUGCUGUCCAAUGGGUCGUUCUACUACAGCUCAGACUUUGAUCUGACAUCGACUCUACAGGGGAGGGGGUUCAAUACGAAUUCCUUGAGCAAAGACAACUUCGAGGAAGAGUUUAUGUGGAACCACUUUAUGAUGCACGAUAUGGUCAAUUAUAGAGACCGAUCGGAUUCCAGCACAAAAGAGAUUUUGGACGCUGAAGGGUUUUUGACCACCGUCAUCAGAGGGUUCGCAGAGACAUUCGUCACUUUUAUCAAAAGGUGGAAGGUUUCACAGACAGUCAUCUCAAAGCAAAGUUGGAAGCGUGCCGGGACGCGGUUCAACAUGCGAGGCAUAAACGACGAGGGCUACGUCGCCAAUUUCGUUGAGACAGAAUUCAUUAUGUACUCUUCAGAGUACUGUUACGCUUAUACACAGGUGAGGGGAAGUGUGCCUGUGUUUUGGGAACAAGACGCAGCACUUAUCAAUCCGAAGGUUCAGAUUACGCGGUCCACAGAAGCGACGCAAAAAUCCUUCGAUACGCAUUUCAUGAAACUAUUGAAUAAAUACGGUCCUGUGGACGUAAUCAAUCUUCUUUCGGAAAAAUCAUCCGAAGCACAACUCUCGCGGCGAUAUAAGGAGCAACUGCAAUCCUCGCCGAACUUUAAAUAUGACGAAGAUGUCUUGUUGACCGUGUUUGAUUUCCAUAAAGAGACCUCCCAAGACGGGUUUGUAGGGGCCGCUAAAAUACUACCUCAGAUCUUAAAAUUCAUGAUGAAUGCAGGUUACUUUUCAUACGACGUAAGGGAGGACAGAGUGAUAUCCAAGCAGCAAGGUAUCUUUCGGACCAACUGUCUGGACUGUUUGGAUAGAACAAAUUUAGUCCAGCAGUUAAUCUCUUUGGAAGUUUUCAAACUGUUUUUACACGAUUUCGAGAUUCUCGACAGGAGGGGUGUACAUAACGAGUUGGACUUUGUACAAAGACACAAUUCUUUGUGGGCAGAUCAUGGAGACCAGAUUUCUCAAAUUUAUACUGGUACAAACGCCUUGAAGUCGUCGUUUAGCAGGAAGGGUAAAAUGUCAUUUGCCGGUACACUGUCAGAUGCGACCAAGUCAGUUAGUAGAAUGUACAUCAACAACUUUAUGGAUAAAAAUAAGCAGUUGAAAAUUGAUGGACUACUUGGUCGAUUGCCCGACCAGAAACCCGUUAGUCUGUACGACCCUGAAAAUGAGUUUGUGACCACUGAGCUCGAAAAAAGAUCGGACUCCUUCACCUCGUAUUCAAAUAUGAAUCUGUUCGUUGGAACGUUCAACGUCAACAAUUUAUCUAACCGUUCGUCGGACCUUUCCAAAUGGCUAUUCCCGAUCGGUAACAAAUUUAAGCCAGAUGUUGUCGUGUUAGGUUUGCAGGAAGUCAUAGCGAUGUCUGCCGGGUCAAUACUAAAUGCGGACUAUACAAAGGGUUCUGUAUGGAAGACUAUGGUUAGCAACUGUCUGAACCAGUACGCAGAGAAGUAUAUUUUGUUGAGAGUCGAGCAGAUGUCAUCGAUUCUAAUAUUGUUGUUUGUGAAGGAAGAUAAGAUAAACCACGCCACCCAAGUUGAAGGUUCGACCAAAAAAACUGGUUUUGGUGGGAUGGCCGGUAACAAAGGUGCGGUGGCGAUCAGAUUGAAAUAUGGGAAUACCUCGUUUUGUUUUGUAAACUCCCAUUUUGCUGCCGGUGCGAAGAACGUGGACGAACGUGCCAACGAUUAUGCAGCGAUCAACAAAAGCAUCUCGUUCACCGGUGGGAGAAACAUAUCACAACACGAGUGCAUUUUCUGGCUUGGUGACUUGAAUUUCAGGAUUUCGCUGGACAACCUUCAAGUGCGGCGCGAACUGUCAGAGCAGAAGGAGGGGUAUCUUGAGCGGUUGAUGAAGUAUGAUCAGCUGACGCAAGCUAUCAAUUCAAAUAACAUUUUUAGAGACUUUUGCGAGCCGACCAUCCAGUUCUGCCCGACGUACAAGUAUGAUUUCGGUACGGACAUCUACGACACCUCGGAAAAGGCAAGAACACCGUCUUGGACGGAUCGUAUUAUCUAUAAGGGUAAUAACUUGCAACCUUUGGCAUAUUCCGAUGCUCCUUUGAAGCUGAGCGAUCACAAGCCCGUUUAUGCAGCCUAUAGAUGCAAAGUCGGGUUUAUCGACGAGGCCAAAAAGUUGCACUUAAGGAAUGAACUUUACUUGGACUACAAAAAUAAGGUAGAUAGAGCGGGACCCGAGCAUGCGAGUACUUUCCCGAUGGAAGAAGAGAAGCGGGUACGGCAAAGACUUUCGUUGCCAGUGGAGAACCAACUCGCGCCAGUAUCGUUAAAAUCGCGUUCCUCUGGGACGUCUCUUCAAUCGGCUGUCCGUUCACCAUCCGAGCUAGAAAGGAAGAACAUGUCGUUGACCCCACCACCGGUCCCCCAGCGGAAGACUCUGCCCACGCAGCGAAUGCCGCCGAAACCGCCGAUGUCAAGAUCAUCUACGUCAUUGCACAGUCAAGGUCUUGCCGCUGUUGGCAGCAACAGCAGCAUUCCGGAUUUGAUCGAAUUGGAUAGUUUACCUGCUUCAGAGGAUGACGAGUCCUCUGGUGUCGCCGCACCGAAGAGACCCGUGCCUCCGCCUCCACCGCGGAAACCCAGUUCACAGGGCAUCGCCCCUGUUGGCAGGAAAGAAACGGAAUUCUCCAUCCGGGGAAACUUGCCCCCCGGUGAGACAAGUAUAGACGACACCUCUGCAAACUCCUCAUUACUAGAGAUGGUGAUUGAUUCAUCCUCACCGAAGAGAACGCGCCAACUUUUACCGACGAGUGAAUCAGAUAGUGCACGGAGCCUUAAAAAGACCCCGCCCGCUGUCCCCGCAAAGAAACCGCAACUACACAACUUGGAGAUAAGGUAA